CUUGCUUUGCUCGAUCGAGGCGACCCUUCCCGAUCGACAACGAUAUUGCCUGGACCGAGAACAGCAUGCCAGGACAAAAAUAAGUAGUUGUGGAGACGAAAACUCAGCAGGCCUAUCCACGCUUAUCGUUGAUGUACUAUACUAGGCUUCUUUCUGUCUGUCGUCAGUCCAAUUCUGCAACAAAUCCGAGCUGCUGAGUUAUGCAGAGCAGAAGUAGAAAGAGAUUGGAUUUCACAGCUGGAUCGUCAAGCAGAAAGCCAUUCAAAGGAAGUGUGUUCUAUUUAGAUCUGAGUGAGCACCCGAAACAAGCCAAGACCCUCGAGAAAGAACUGAAAAUCCUUGGAGGUGCCGUGUCAUCAUUCUUGUCCAAGGACGCCAAUAUCUCCUACGUGGUGACGGCGCAGAAAGAUGUGACGUCGAAACUAACCGAUGUAGCCAACACCACUGGCAGUCCCUUGCUGUCUAACAGGGGCGGACUGUGCUCACCCGCUACUCCCGGUGACUCUCCUUCUCCGCUCAGUUGUGAUGCUGUUCCCGGGUCUGGUGCGCCGCUUACCUACGUCCGAAAUACGCGUGCGCAAAAGAUUUUGCAGAAGGCUACUCAUGGAACCAAGCUGGCCACCGCGUCUCGACGCGACAUUGUGUCCAUGGUGAAAGACUGGGAUGGGGUCAAGGUCGUGUCUCUGGAGAGAGUUCUGCGCAUCGUGGAGAAGCACCGACAUCUCAUCUCCGGUGACGCUAUCAGCCAGUCGAAUCUAGUGGCGCAGUGCAAAUCGGCCAGCAAGACUAGCGAGACCCAUGUUCAUCAGCUGCAGGCACCGUACAUCAAGGUGGAGGACCGGAGCUGUAAAUAUCGCCCGUUGUACUUGGAGCUCACUACUUGGCCAAGACCUGACUUUAACUCAUCGCCAGGAUCGUGUCCAUUUGAAUCCUCUGAUAAAGGCCCGUACGUGGUGCCUAUCGAGCAAAGCAAUCGCGUUCGACUGCGCCUUAGCGAGAACAGGAAGAAACGGAAAUCCUCUGAGAAAGCAACUGAACAGCCAGCUGCUGCCAAGCAAGAGGAACCUGAGGCAAAGAAGGCAAAUGAAGUCGCCGGCGGUUGGAAGCGGAAAGGUUACUGUGAAUGUUGCGGCCUGAAGUUUGACUGCCUAAACACGCAUCUUACAUCUUCACAGCAUAUCAAGUUUGCAGCAGAUAGUCGCAACUACAAAGAGCUGGACGAGCUAAUACAGCAAGCAAAGUGUUCUCUCAAUGACUAUCUCGCCCAGCUAUCAUCAACUCAGACAAGAGGUGAAUCAUCAGCCAGCCCAACACCGGAAACACCAUGCGGCCAGCCUGACACAGCUCGUAAUGAAGAAGCAGUCAGGUUGCCGACGCCACCGGCAGAGUUCCUUGGACAGAGGCGAUCGAGGAGGCGCAGAUCACCCGCUGACGCUACUUCCAAGUCUUCCUGUUUCAGCCCAAGUCCUGUCAAAUCUUCACCGUGUAAACAGGCGGCUGAACUGGCAAGUUCUGGCCGCUCGAAUCGUAGAUCUCCUAUUACAGAUGAUGCCACUGCCACUGUUGCUGUGGCUGGGAAGUGUACCCAGGUUAGCCCUGGUGCUGUGGAUGGCAAGUGUGCCCAGGCUAGCACUGGUGCUGUGGCUGGGAAGUGUACCCAGGCUAGCCCUGGUACUGUGGAUGGGAAGUGUGCUCAGGCUAGCCCUGGUACUGUGGAUGGGAAGUGUGCCCAGGCGAUGCCUUCGCUCAGCCCUACCAAGAGGGUUUCUGCUGAGCAAGCAGCGGAUGAAGAAGCACGCCACCAACCUGACCAUGCUCCGGCUCCGGACGAUGAAUCUCGGCCAGCAAAGGGCGAGCAGCCGGAAAUAAACUCUGCCGUCAAUACCUGCCCUAGCACACCUAUCACUGCCGAGUCGACUCUAUCUCAGGAAACAAGUCCAGCUCGGCAAAGCCCGGAGCAACAACGGUCCAGUCCCAACAGCAAGUCUUCAUCGCGACCCACUAGAAAACGUAAACGACCUUCAAGAUUCCAUGUGAAAGGAAAACAGCGUUCUGCAGCACCGGAGAGUCUAUCUUUUGAAGUGGUGGAGCCAUCCGAGAUGUUUGUUGCUCCGCAGAAGGACGCCGAUGAAGACAUCUACGCUCACGUGCGUCUCCUUCCUUCAUCUCCUGCACCGCAAGAGAGGCCACCCCGACCUGCAACACCUGAUGGUGAGGUGAAGAUGGCAAACACUGCCACUCCAACUCGGCAUACUGCUGCUGAUGCUGCACAGCUGGAUAAUGUUCUGCCGCCAGAUGUUCACCCACCCCUGCCCAAAGAGAGCCCGCCGCGUACACCGCCUGCUCCCAAGGAUUCUCCAGGUGGGAGUCCACCGUUGCGACGUAGCAGCAGGCACAGCAGCUCGCCAACCGCAUGGCCUCUCCCAUCAGCGAGUGUUCAGGAGAUGCACUCUGCCCUGGUCUUCUCCCCCGUCAGCCGCAAGCGCAGCCGGAGCUAUCUGAAAGAGCAGUACUCGCCUAGACAACCAGCACAGCCACACAGCGCAUUGCUUCGUACUCAGUUUGCUGUUGGCAUGUCAUCUCCAAGAGGAAGUUCGGGAUUUCACAUAGCAGACUUUACUUCUAGUCCUGGCCUAGUUGAUCAACACCAGCAAGCAGUUAGUCGGGCGUUUAUUCACUUAGAGGAAUCCUCUUCCUGCGAGUCGGACCUUCCCGUCACGCCCCGGCGCCACCAUCUGCGGAAGCGGCGCCGUUUGAUGUCGUCCGACUCGCCUCGAAUACCCGCACAGCCUCCGCUGCCCACGUCCGUGCCUCCGCCGCAGCCACCGCUGCCACCUCCGCCGUUCAUGCCUUCUCCGCUACGGUGCCAACCGCCCCUUCCAACGUCACCACCGCAGCCUCCGCCACCUCCACCAGCAACGUCACCGCCAAAGCUAUCUUCUCCGCCUCCGCCUAGGGAGCAGCGGGGUAGGCAGCAGUCGAGCAAACGCCGCAGUCGCCACAGAGACUUACGUAGGUCGUCAUCCUCAUCAACCGGCAAAGAUCUUGGUAUAUAUUCUUUCACUGAGUUUUGACGUUGCCAUUGUUUUAACUUGUUUAGGUCUUCUUUUUCCCUCUUCGCUCACCAGAGUGGUCGCAUGUCUCGUCAUGUACUGCUGGGUUUUUGACAUCCCCAUUCAAUUGCUCAAUUUGAUUGUAACGCUAGAUAGAUUUCUGAUUUAUGCUAUUUUCUGGCAUGGUAUUUAUUUGCAUUUGUCGGAGUGGCGUCUUCUGACAUUGUCACAUGGUGACACACACACCCUCCCUCCUCUUCUCUCGCUCUCUCUUACUCACUC